AUGAAGCUCUCUCUCGAACUGACUCUCGGUCUUCUGGUCAUAUCGUGCGUAGAUGCUUUCGUCGUUCCUCCCCGCACACUAUGGGCAACGAAAUCAGCUCUUGUUUCCCGCUCGUACCGAGCGCACCCCAUUAGACGCGACGCAGACUUUCAGAGUCUAGACUCGUUGACCAACGGGGGAAGCCGCCGUCGCGAAGCUCAAAAACAGGGAGGUGGAGGAGGUGGUCUCACAAUUGGAGGACUCACUCUGGGUGGCCCAGGUGGCGGGAUUACUGGCGACGGUCUUAACCUCGGCGGAAACCAGAAGGGAAACAGUACAGCGACGACUGAAGAGGCACCCAAGUCUUCAGCAACUAAAGGCGAAAAGCCCGCUACUGCCGAGGAGGGAAACUCCGCUGCUGAAGCGCAGAAGCCUGCUGCCACGGAAGAGCAAAAGCCAGCAAAAUCUGAGGCUGGCGCUGGCGCUGGUACAGAAAACCAGCCUGGCCGCGCCGAAGGAGAGGCAGCGAAGAAGGAAGCCGAGAAGGAAGCCCAAGAGGCAGCGGGAGAAAAGUCAAAUGGUGUCAAGGCUACUGAAGAAUCUGAAAGGUUCUCUGAAGAGUCUGGUAUCACUCUCGGCCAGGAUGGCAACGCAGACAAUCUAGGCGGAAAUCUAGGCAUUACAGAAGGUUCGGAUGGCAGUAAGUCUAUUGGUGGAUCUAACGGUAUCAAUGUUGCCGCCAACGGAGAAGCGACUCUGGCAGGUAAUGACACGGUCGCAUCAGAGGACAACGCCUCCAACAGCGAUGAAGAAAGGGACCUGUUUAGAUUGAAAUUUAAACUGAGUGUUGCAGACCGCAAGAACAGCGAUCUAGAAGUCGAAGUCCAGCGCCUGCAGAGUGAAAUUGAUACGGUCAAGGCUCUGAACCAGAAUCUCGAGCAGGAAAAGGCUACCCACACCACCACGACGUCGGAAGCCGAGGCGCUACGGACACAGAUCGAAGUGCUCGAGGCCGCUCUGGAACACCAGGAUGUCGAACUGACUAAUAUUACCGGUGCGGCGCAAGGAAUGUCGCACUCGUGCGCUCGACCACAGAAUUCCUAUGAUCGCCUCAUUGUAAAGCUUGCCGCGGUUCGUGGGGAUGUUCAUGUUGCACAACAAGAAGUGGAUGAAGCAACAUCUCACUCGAGCGAUAACACUGCAAGCCAAGGACGGAUCGCUGAUCUGCAGCGAAAGCUGGCGGUCGAGGAAGAUAAGGUCGCUAGGCUUACCAAAGCAAACAAAUUGCUUACCGAACAGCGCUCAGCGAGCGAAGCAGAUGCAGAGUUCCUUAGGACACGGCUCUCCAACCUCGAAGCUGAGGUGCGGGAGUCUCGCGUGAGCAACUCAAGGACUCAAACGGAUCCGAAAAGACUUCUUUCAGGCUGUUCGCAGGCCCAGGUGGGUGUGAACAUCCAAACUCCCAGACAUGCAACAUGUCAAGACCGCCCUGAGAUUGAGAUUGAGGUGCCGGAGAAUGAGAUUGAAAUCUUGAAAGACAAACUCAACGAGCUCAGGUGGAACGCUCUCGACAAUGUCAUCGACCUCGAUAUGGCCAACAGAGCAUUUCGUGCCUUUGAUUGCGACCACAUCAAUACUAGGAAUCUUCCCGACGGAAGAAACUCUUCGCGUCUACCUAACGCCGGAUGGGUUGCGUCGAGCAUCUUCAAGGAUUGGAAGGAAGACGAGCAGUUUGUCAAGGUCUAUAGUAAACGCCGACAGAAUGUGAUCAAUCACCACAAGGCUCAUGGGCGCAUCCAGGAAGGAAAAGGUGCGAAGUUCUGGCUUCUUAGGGAUGAGUUUAACUAUGUGGACGAGAAGCGUGGUCUGGAUGUAGUCUACAAGUGA